AGGAGGAGAUCGCGCAAUCUUUGUCUGUGUCUUUUCCUUUUUCUUUAGCGCGACAGGACCGACACAAAGUCAUAGGUGCUCGAGUCUCGCUGGCUUUUUGACUCGAUCUUUUCACAUCCGACGUCGCGGAUAAAAGUGAUAAACAUCCACAGAAAUCUUCAGUAUAUAUUCAACAAUUCCUCCGAGUCAAAUUAAAGUUAAUUAUAAAAACUGAAACUUCAAUUAAUGUGUCUUCUUGUGAUAUUCAGUUGAUUCGAACAGUAUUUGAUACGAUGGAGUAUGGUAGCUACGAAAUAUUACUAGGUUUUUCUGUGCUUUUCUUGGCCGUUUAUUACUAUUUGACAUCAACCUUUGAUUAUUGGCGUAGUCAAGCAAUUCCUGGGCCUGAACCAAGAAUUUUAUUUGGAAAUUUAAAAGAUGUUAUAUUCGGCAAAAUAUCUCUAGGAGGUUAUUUGACAAAACAGUAUGAGAAGUUUAAAAAUGAACCAAUGAUUGGCAUCUUUGUUCGUCGGAUGCCAGUUCUUAUUUUACAUGAUCCCGACUACAUAAAGGAUGUUUUAAUUAAGGAUUUUAGUAUUUUUGCCGAUCGAGGCAUGAUUUUUCAUGAAAAAAUCGAGCCUUUAUCUCAACAUUUGUUCAUGCUCGAGCCAGAACGUUGGAGACCUCUGCGCGCUAAACUAUCACCCACCUUCACUUCAGGAAAACUCAAAGAAAUGUUCUAUCUAUUAAUAGAAUGCGCUGAUCACUUUGAGGAGGUCUUAAACGAUUGCAUCGCGAAAAAUUCAGUUAUCGAGUGCCGUGAACUCACCGCUAGAUUUACCACUGAUGCUAUUGGAGUUUGCGCUUUUGGGCUAAAGAUGAAUGCUCUUAGUGAAGAAGACAAUCAAUUCCGCAAAAUUGGGCGUCAACUUUUUGCAACGGAUGGUUUGAAAAGUCUCAAAAUGAAAUUACGAGAAGGAGCUCCCUGGCUCUACAAGUUGCUUGGGCCUUUGAUGUAUGACUAUGAAAUUAACGACUUUUUUAUUGGACUUUUCAAGGAUACAGUAGAGUACAGAAAGAAAAACAAUGUUAAAAAAAAUGAUUUUGUCGACUUAUUAAUGGAAAUUAAAGAGAAUCCAAAUAAAGUUAAAGAUAUUGAAUUGAAUGACGCAUUUCUUACAGCUCAACUAUUUGUAUUUUUCAUUGCUGGUUUUGAAACGUCAUCUACUACAAUGAGUAAUUUUUUGUAUGAAUUAGCUUUGAAUCAACCGAUACAAAAUAAACUUCGAGAAGAAGUCAAUAAUGAACUGAAUAAAAAUAAUGGAAAUGUGAAGUACGAUACUAUAAAAAAUUUGAAAUAUAUGCAUAAAGUAUAUUCUGAAACUUUGAGAAAAUAUCCGCCGCUCAUGGUAAUCAUGAGACGAAGCACGGAAUCAUACACGUUUUCUGGAUCAAAACUGACAAUUCCAAAAGGAAUGAGAGUCUGGAUUCCUGUUUAUGCUAUUCAACGUGAUCCACAAAUAUAUCCUAAUCCAGAUACCUUUGACCCCGAAAGAUUUGACGAUGAAAUUUCAAAGCAUCGAAACUUAUCAUUUUAUUUGCCAUUUGGUGCUGGUCCUCGAAACUGCAUUGCUGCUCGAUUUGCCAAUUAUCAAUCAAAAGUGGGCCUUAUUAAAAUUUUAUCGAAAUACAAAGUUGAUGUAUGUGAUGAAACUUGUGUUCCAUAUGUAAUUCAUCCAAGAAGUUUUUUAUUAACACCAACUGAAGGUAUUAAGCUGAAAUUCACAAAAAUCACCUAGAAAAGCACUCGUAAAGUAUGACUCAAUAAGUGACAACACAGUAACUAAAUAAAGUAAUUAUAAUUGUGUUGUUAAAUAAACAAAUAAUGCUGAAUAAUAACCGAAUAGAUUUGGUUUCAUGAAGUUUGCUUUCAUUUAUCGGGAGAGAUAUUAUGACUCGAUAUCCAUUAAUACUUAGCAAUAUUUAUAUUUAUGAUACAAUAAUGUGUAUAGUUAACAAUUUCAAAAUAAACGGCGUUCAUCUUACUCAACACUCUAGAUCUAAUCUAAAAAAUUAGUUGUUGACUUAAAUUAAAUCCUAGGAUGCUAUAAAACAAGGAGCAUGUAAUUUCUGUUUAUAACAAAUUUGAAAAUUAACUAUGAAGUGGAAUUGUUACAUUACUUUAAUUUUAUUUCGCCAGUGCUUGUGUCUUAUUUUUCUGUUUAGUCAUUUCUUUUUGACGAAAAAAUAUGAAUAAUUAUAAGAAUAAUAAUUUUCCUAUGUAACUAACGGCCAUUCGAGACUUUCUACAUAAAAUUCAUUGGACAGCGGACGUCAGACGUCAGACGUGUAUCAAAGUGUAAAAAUGAAGUAAUGUAUUAAUUCAUAAAAUAAAAAUAAAUGUCGCACAUAGCUUUUCCAGACCACGCACAAAUCUUUAAUAAUAACUAAAAUUAAAAUAAUAA